UACGAAGUCUGCUCUGGAAACGAGCUGCAGAAAAGAGCUCCUGAUACUCGUCUUUCAGAGAGAAAAUGACCACACAGUCAGAAGACCAUCUCUCCUGUCCCGUCUGCCAUGACAUCUUUGAAGAUCCUGUCAUCUUGUCAUGCAGCCACAGCUUUUGUAAAGCCUGUCUGCAGAGAUGGUGGCUUGACAAACCCAUAAAGCAAUGUCCGGUUUGUAAGACGAUAUCUUUACAGAGUAAUCCACCCCGUAACCUGGCUUUGAAGAACCUAUGUGAGGCGUAUUUACAGAACACAGAUCAGAGAGCUUCAAGAGGUUCCCAGACACUUUGCACUGUGCAUUCUGAGAAUCUCAGGCUCUUCUGUCUGGACCAUCAGGAGCCAGCGUGUGUUGUCUGUCGAGAUUCAGCAGUGCACGUCAACCACAGAUUCAGCCCCAUCAAUGAAGCUGCGCACACUCACAAACAGGAGCUCCAGGAAUGUCUGAAGCCUUUAAAGGAGAAACUGAAGCUCUACGAGGAAGUUAAAGGGAAAUGUGUUCAAACUGCAGAACACAUUAGUGUUCAAACCCAGGAGACAGAAAAGCAGAUUAAGCAGCAGUUUACGAGGCUUCGCCAGUUUCUACAAAACGAAGAGGAUGCCAGGAUUGCUGCUCUAAAAGAUGAAGAGAAGCAAAAGAGUCAGAAGAUGAAGGUAAAGAUUGAAACUCUGAGCAGAAAGAUUGCAGAUCUUUCAGGCACAAUCAGAGCCACAGAGAGGGAGGUGAGAGCUGAAGACAUCUCUUUCCUACACAACUACAAAGCUGCAGUGAAAAGAGUCCAGCAGCUAUCCGUGCUUGAUGUUCCUCAACUGGUCUCAGGUGCUCUGAUUGAUGUUGCUGAACACCUGGGUAACUUGUCCUUCAACAUCUGGAGCAACAUGAAGGACAUUAUUUCAUAUACUCCUGUGAUUUUGGAUCCAAACACUGCUCAUCCAGAUCUCAUCUUGUCUGAAAAUCUAACCAGUGUGAGACGUGCAAGGAAACAGAAGGUUCCCGAAAACCCUGAAAGGAUUUAUCUCUAUCCUUCCGUCCUCGGCUCUGAGGGCUUCAACUCAGAUAUUCACAGCUGGGAUGCUGAAGUUGGAGACAGUCCAGUCUGGGCACUAGGAGUCUUUUCGAGAUCUGCCAACAGUGAAGACAAAAAAUGUAACUUAUUAAAACUUGUUUUCUGUGAUGGUGAGUACACAGCAAACUCCAGUGACGGCCCCCCAACUGUUCUCUCAAUAAGAAAGAGAUUUCAGAGGAUCAGAGUUCAUCUGGACUGGGCCAAAGGAAAACUGUCAUUCUCAGAUCCUGAUACUGACACACACAUACACACCUUCAGACACACUUUUACUGAGACACAGUUUCCAUAUUUCAACUCAGUGAAUCCACACCCUCUAAAGAUAUCACAACGUCCUCUCCAUGUAGUUAUGUAA